AUGGAAACAUCAGCAUCAACAGCAUCUAUGUCAACAGAAAAAACUACAUCAAAUUCUAUUAUUAUUGAAAAAGAUAUACCUGGUAAAGUUAUUAGUAUUAAUAAAAUGAAACAUUACGCUUUUAUCAGAAGAACUGAUAACAAUUCACAUCAAGAUAUAUUUGCUCGUGAUAUUUCAAUAAUAAAAGUUGCAAAUAAACCAGUUUUUUUCAUUUCUGAUUUAUGUACAUUCGAUAUAAUAAAAACUUCACGAGGUUUUGAAGCCGUCAACAUUAUCAUUGUAAAACGUAAUAUUGAUAGUAUUUCAAAAUUUAAAAAAAUUCCAAAGAAAAAAAACAAUACAAAUCGUGAAUCAGAAAAACGAGAUUCUCUUGAACUUUUCAAAUCGACAAUGUAA